AUGGGUGACACGAUGGACCAAGUGACUAUGCUUAAGAGUGUGUAUCAAAAGAUCCAUCAUCUGGAUGUGCUCCUGACAAUCAUGGGCAAGCUUUCGCUCUUGGAACAAGUCACCAAAGUCGCUGAGGACCUGGCAGCAAGGCUUACCAUGCUGGAAGAAUGGAUGAACAGCGGCUCCGCAGCAGGCUUCUCCGGAUGCUAUGAGGCCACGAGUGACAGCGGGGCGAUCAACGAGGAUAAAGUUCUGGUGCGGGUACCCGUGAAGCUGUUGGAGGAGAAGCGGCUCCCAGCUGUGCUGCAGGAGCUGGUACAGCAGCACCGGAACGGGGCCAGCUAUGCACUGGACAUCCUCCCGUGGCUUGUGAAGCCCAGGGUGAAUGCUGAAUCCGCGUCGGGGCCAUCACAGGCGCCAGCUGUGAACAGCAAAAUCGGGUGGUACUGA